CCAAACCCUGCGAGCCCCGAGACCACAGAGGCCGAUAUCCCUGACCGCAGACACACAGACGGGUACCAAACUCCGCUCUGAAGCCUCGGACCUCGAAAUCGUCCGUCCCGUCGCCCGCUAACACCCGGGAGGAUACGGCUCCUCCCGGUGACGGUGAACUCCGUCGCCUCGGGGAGGGGGUCCCUGACACACCGAAGACCCCCUUACGGACCCCGUAUAUACACACACACCUCCUGAGGGCCAUGCUCGCGUCCCCGUCGCUCACCAUGGUCGCCUGCACCAACUUCUUCCUCAUCCUCGUCGCCCUGCACCCGUGCCUCGCCUCGCUCGGCGUCCUCAACAUCGACGAGCUCAACGAGAUGAAGUAUGGCAUCGAAAUCCUGGCGGACCCCGUCGUCAAGGGCCAGUCGAGGCCCGCGGAGACGCUGUUCGUCUCCUCCAAGUACGGACAGCAGUACGAGUGUCAGCUGCCGCCGCAGGCCGUGUUCCGCUCCACCGGCGAGAGCUCUGGUGGGGAGCAUGGCUCGCUCUACCAGGGUCUCGCCAUCCCCGAGCUGCUGAAGCCCAUGGCCAACGUGCCGUGCCUCCUUAAGACGAGGGAUUGGUGGACGUAUGAAUUUUGCUAUGGGAAGGACAUUAAGCAGUACCACAUGGAAGGAUCAGAGAUAAAGGGUGACAUUAUGCACCUCGGCUUCUACGAUUCGGAAUUUGACUGGAGCAAUGAGACUGCAAAGGCUGGCAAGCGCCACCGCCUGAAGCGCUAUCACAGCCAGCUUUAUCGUAACGGCACUCAGUGUGACCUCAACGGCCGCCACCGUGAGGCUGAAGUCCGGUUUGUGUGCGAGGAGGGCGGCUCGGGCGACUACCUGUCGCGGGUGGACGAGCCGCAGUCGUGCAUGUACGUGCUGACGGUGCACACAGUACGGCUGUGUGCCCACCCGGACAUGCGCAUCCCCACGAGAUCCAACCCCCAGCCCAUCCGCUGCCAGCCCAGCCUCACCCCCAAGGAGUAUGAAGAAUAUUUUCGCACGCGUGUCUCGGCCACACAGAAGAAAGUGGACCGCAUGGCGCAAGAGCUUCGCUCGCUUGACCACUUAUUGGGGCAGGAAGAGGAAAAUGCCCACGAGGAGAAGGAUACCUCUACUUUCUCCAACUCCAGGGGGAGCCCCCAGCAGGAGGUGGAGGAGGGGGCGACGGUACCUGGUGGAGAGGCAGAUGCCGGAGGAGCAGACGGGGACCAACAUGAGGCCGUAGAAGAAGAGCAGACAAAGGGAGAGACCAAUGCCCUCAAGGAUGGAUCUUCUCCGCAUCAGGAGGUGGAGAUAGUGACACUGCGGUCUGUGCAGGAUGCCCUCAAGAGGACGUUUGGAGAAGAUGUCCUGGAACAGCCAGGCGAUGAUGACCAACAAAUGCAGUUUAAAAUCAUCAGGAAUCAAGGGGAUCUGAUGAAGUUCUUGGAGGAGAUGCAAGAGAAGAAAAAGAAGAAAGCAGCAAAAGGAGACCGAGAGAGCAAAGCAGCUGCCCCCAGCAGCAGCAGCAGCGACGACAAGAUGGAUGUUAGCAGAGAAGGAUUUACAGAAAACUCGGCCCGUGACACAGGCAGCGACAAUGUGGCUGAGAACGACAUUCCAAGCACACCGAGCCGAGACGGCAAGACGGAGGCCAAGAGCUCGGAGGAGGAGAGAGGCGAGGAGGAGGAGGUGGAGGAAGAAGAGGAGGAUGACGAUGAUGUUGAGGUGCUACGGGAGUUUGUGCAGGAGCUGCGGGGCAUGAACCUUCACUCCUCUGAUAUCCAGAAUGUCAAGCAGCAUCUGCAGCAGAACAUAGAGGGGGAGUUUGACUCCAUCUUGGAGGAGGCGGAAGCAGAGCUCGAGGCGGAGGGCCUGAAGGGUGAGUUUGACAAAGAGGAAGCCACCAAGAGCUUGGCGGGCACGCUUAACCGACUAAUGGAGAAGUUGGACGGCACAGGGGACUCUGGGCCCGGCCCGGACAGCGCACGGGAAAGGCGGCAUACCGGCGGGACGCAGCACGUCGGCGCCGCUGCCGACACCGUGUCAGCCACCCCCGCCAGCACCGCCGCUAAUCCGGCAAAGAAGGACGGUGACGAGGACCUGAUGGACGUGGGACGCGUGCGUGUGCGCGUGCGCCGGCUGAGAUCUGGGGGCUCGGCCCAAGGCGGGGAGUCUGCCACCAGAGCGGGGGGCCACUCGGGGGACCAGGUCCGCAAGAUCGAGAACGUCGUCAAGGAGCAGCUGGAGAAGGCCGGGAUGCGUGCUGAGGGGAAGAUCGACGUGAAGUUGGUGUCCUCGGGAGCGCUGGGCGGGGAUGACGAUGACGAUGGCGCGUGGCUGUCUGACGAGGACACGCGCUCUUUCAGAGACAUGCUGCUCGGAUUCCUGACGGGCGACAGCGAUGAGAUGUACCGAGAGCAGCAACGGCAGCAGCAGCUCGAAGACAACUACCGCUUCAUGCUGGGGGGCGAUAGCGCGGCCGGGGAACACAGCGGCACACAGGGGCAGCCCGUGCUGGCAGAUGGAGAUGACGCCGACGCGUAGCCGGUGCCACAGGCGGCACGGCGCCACCCGUGGGAGUCGUCCGUCCAUUUGUCUCUUAGUCCGCCAGCCUGCCAGCCUUCCUGCCCACUUGCCCCACCAGCCCCACCAGCCUCCUUUAAACCCUCCAACCUUGCCACCAACCCUGAACUGUGAAGGACGAGAUGCAGCGAAUCCGUGAUUUUCUUUUUUCGCCGACGCUUUUCGGUGGAGCAAAAUGUGAAGUGGGGGGUGGUGGCUGGGUUAACUGAUGGAACACGUAUGUGUGUGCGUGUACAGGAAACAUGUCUAAUUGGGGCACACAGUGGUUGGGGGGGGGGGGGGUUUACUAUGUUUAUGAGCUGUGAUGAAUCACUCAGGAUUUGUAAAAGUGGCUGGCAGGGUUUCUUCAUCACUGGGAGGAGCAUAGCAAUUGCUGUGGACUUUGAGAGCCAACUUUUAUUUAAAACGAUCGAGUUACGCGGAAAAGAAAUGUUAACUCAGAAGAGCAACCUGGACUGAGUUUCUACCCGAGAAACCUACGGCAAAAACGAAGCCUAAAUCUUCAUCCCCUUCACCCGCGCACGGCCCCCCCUCGCAGCACUUCCGCCGGAGGCGACAAGAACGUUGGCGCAUUUUGACGACACGAGUUGCAAGCAGCGCUGCCUAACGCCCAUCAAUAACCAUCAAAAGUUCUUCAUGAGAAAUUAGCUGCAACGGUGACAAAUGGCUACGAUAAAUGUAAAUACGAGACUCGCUCAUUGCUUCCAGUGUCUUGACAUUGGGGUGGCCACCCGACGGAGCAGGCACUGGGGAUGGAAGAGCAGUGUUUCCGAUUCGGAACCUUCAUGUUGGCCGAAGUGCCCCACCAUUCCCAGUGACGGGCGCAAGCACCCCCCACCCCUGCCUCCCCCCCACCCCCCCCCCCCCGAGAUAGCGGGAGCACUUGUGACUUUUUAUAAAUCUGUGCACGUCGCGGUUGGGCAGAGCGCGCUUCGGUUGUGUGCACACAUUUUUUUUGGGGGGGCGUGGGGGUGGGAUGGGAUGGCACUAGGAGGAUGUGGGAAUUGGGCGGAUGCUGUGUUGAUAAGUUGUCCUCUCUGAUUGAUCUGAGAGAGAUGUUCAACCAGUCACUGGCACUACGUAUUCGCCUCACCGUUUGCACUUCAGCCAUGGCCAAUUGUGUGUCCCGUUUGCAAAGUAAUAUUUAUUUUAGCCCAUACCGCUGUUCUCAAAUAAAUGUUCACUUUACGAGGUUU